GAACCACAAUUACAAUUCUGUAUUUGAAUCAUCAACUUGUCUAACAAAGUGUACAUUAUUUUUUCGCAUAAAAAUAUUAAUUUAACUUACAAAAUUAAUCAACAAGUAGAUUCCAUAAAUCAACAUGAAAAUGUUUCAAGUGGUAAUUUCAUUGGCAAUAUUUGGAAUGUGUUAUUCAGCAAGACUUGAUAAUACUUAUCUUCCACCAAGAAAUGCUGGAAGUGCUGGUGGUGCUGGACUCAUACCAGCACCUCGACGUGGUGCUGAAAAUGGUAGACCAAUAUAUGCUGGAGGUGUUGGUGGUGGUAGUCAAUAUAAUGGAGGAAAUCGUGGUGUAGCUUCUGGUGUAAAUCAAAAUAUACCUAUUGUUUCAUACACAAAUGAAAACAAUGGUGAUGGAAAUUAUGCAUUUAGCUAUGAAACAGGAAAUGGAAUAAACGUUCAAGAAACUGGCCAGUCACAAGGAAACAGAGAGACUGUUAGUGGAUCUUAUUCAUACACUGGACCGGAUGGUAUUGAAUAUACAAUUCGAUACACCGCUGAUGAUGAAGGCUUUCAUGCAGAAGGUGCUCAUAUUCCUACACCACCACCAAUUCCAGAGGCUAUUCGACGAGGUGUUGAGCUAUCACUUGCUGCUGAGGCACGUGGUGAAAAUCAGGAUAAUGGAUCCAGAGGACAGGGCAAUGGAUAUCCAAGAGGACAAGGUGGACAACAAGGUGGAUAUUCUAGUAAUGGAUCUGGUCGUGUUGGUGGAUCAACGUACAAAGGACCAAAUUCUUAUCAAACUAGUGGAAAUGAAGGAUACCAAUAUUAAUUUUUUAUCAAAAAAAAAAAUUCAGUCAUUGACGUUCUGCUUAGACCUUGCUUUCAUUUUUUAUUUGAUAUAUAUUUAUAUAUUUAAUAUUUCCAAAAAUAGACAGACUUGUGUACAUAUUAUUUUCUAUUUUUUUUUUUAUAUCAAUUUAUGAGAAAAAAAAAUUGUACUUAAUCCCAUUUUUUUUACCAAUAUGUUCAUUGUGAUUAAUUAUUUUUUUUUUCCUUUAAUAAAAAAAUAUAAAUGAUAAAAAA